AUGUCUCAGGACCACAGAAGAGACCGUCACGGCUGCUGAAUCUUUGUGCCAAGAGUUACUAUAACAAUAUGCACAAAAGACGAACUGUGGUAUGAAGAAGUAUUGAUGGCUAACAGCUUUUGCUACAGGUUACCGUCUCCUUUGGUUUAGUGGCACAAACUCAAGCAACAUGCGUGAUGCUUCGCUAUGGUGGCGUACGUUUGAUUCAAUGGGAGUGCUCCGUAUAUAGUGAAACAACAACAACAAAUCAGAAAAGAUAAAAGUCAUUACAUUGUUGUGAUAUUUGCCAGCGACUAAAACUAUACUUUGCUAAAAAUAAAUGUAGGAUUUGAGGACAGCUUUGAUUUUUCGCAUCUGGUUCCAGCCUGCAUGGAUGGCACCUACGGCCUUUGCGUAGUCGGAGCAGGCAGUAGUACGUACCAUGUACUUAAAAAGAAUGGAAAAAUAAAGGGGCGUGCACUUGUGAACUCUGAACGACAGCUACCAUUGUGUCGGAUACUGUGGCUCCUUCAGUCGUGAAUGACCAUGCGAUGUGUGCAAGGAACAUUAUAUAUAAUUGGAUUAAUCCAUCUUACACAGUCCGAUAAGCAUCAUACAGCACGGCUGUAAAGACUCCGUUGAGCUGGUGUGUCAGGACACGGUGAUGACGUCAGCAGCCAACGGCACGCAGACGGGUUUUGACUGUCGCCAGGAACGGAAUGUUGGAAAGAUGUGGGGACAAACAGAACACAAAUGGCCGAGUGGCAGACGUGAAAAUACGCUGAUUAAUCGGCCAGUGGACAGUAAAGACGCCCCAUCACAGCAUCCAACAUCAGUCAGAACAUUGGUCAGAGACACCGAAAUAAGUAAUGAGACGUUCAGAGAGAAUCAGCUGAACAGUCAAGUCAACUUUAAAGGUCACGUUAACGUCCUUUUUCGCUAUGACGAAGACCUGAGCCCCGGAUGUAGGAUUCAGUACGGUCGGGAAAUCGUCGGACGGGACAGUGGACAUGGAUAUCUGCAAGAUGCUACGGACGUCUUGUGUCUCUCUAAUUCCUGUAUCUUGGUCACAGACUUUGUCAACAGUCGUUUGCAGAAGUUCAGCAACAGAGGUGAACACAUCAGCUACAUUAAAGAUAACGAACUUCUCGAACCCUGGGCUACCGUGAUGGCGCCGAACGGUUGUCUGGCAGUGACUUCGCGCAAGAAGAGACAGGUGGUGCUGCUGAAUAAGGAUGGUCAGUUUCAAGGCAGCUUUGGUGAAGAUCGAUUCGGGUGCCCUAGCGGUAUUGCCGUGGCUGCAGACGGAAAUUUUGUCGUGUCCGACUUCGUCAGGAACAAAGUCUUGGCCUUCACUCCUGCAGGGCAGUUCGUGCACGAACUCGGGGGCAGGGGUGUGACAUUCCACCAGCCACGUUACGUGACUGUGUCACAACAAGGUGACAUCAUCGUUUCGGACUCGGGUAGUCAUCAGUUGAAGGUUUUCGACCAGAGCUGGAAAUACAUCCGCAGCAUCGGCGGGUAUGGAAAACAAGAUGGCUGCCUUAAGUUCCCACACGCCACCUGUGUGGACGUCUUCGGAAACAUUCUUGUCUGCGACCGUUACAACGACAGGGUCUCCGUGUUCACGCGCAGAGGGGAGUUUGUGCGUCACUUGCUGACAGCAGCGCAUGGCAUUCGUCAUCCUCAGGGGCUGACUCUGUCUCCAGACCUCCAUCUGUACGUCACACACGGAGACCUGAAGGCAAACUGUGUGAUGGUCUUUAGCUUACAAUGCGAACAGGAACAUUGGAGAAAAAAUGUUUUGUAGCUACCAUUUGCUUGACAUGCCAGUGUAAUCACUAUAAUCACCAUUCUGAUGCUAAUAAUAAUAAACAUGUUAUUAAAUAAAAGAUUUUUUU